CGUAGGUUAUCCACGUGGUUAAUACCAUAGAUUAACACCAACUCUUACAAGUAGAAAGUUAUUUGUCUGCUUCUGUGAGCAUGUAGUGUAACGUUUCCAUUCAGAAAAAUUGAACAAUGGCGUCUUACGUUGCUAGAAAUCUUAUAAAAGUUCGCAGUGGUGUUAAUUUGUCACAUUUUAACUAUGGUUCCAUAAGAUGUCUUACAACAACGAACACAGCAUGGGCCCCCAGGGAAUCAAAAAAAUCUGUUGUGGAUAAGACUGGAAAAAAUAUUGUCUUUGUAGAUGCAGUUAGAACCCCGUUUCUCAUGUCUGGUACUGAUUAUUCGAAAUUGAUUGCAAACGAUCUAGCUAGACAUGCUUUAUUGUCUCUUUUACGAAAGACUGGAAUUCCGAAAGAAAUUGUAGAUUACAUUAUAUAUGGAACUGUGAUACAGGAAGUUAAGACUAGCAACAUCGGGCGUGAAGCUUCUCUUGCUGCUGGUUUUUCAGAUAAAACACCAGCACACACGGUUACAAUGGCCUGUAUUAGCUCCAACCAGAGCAUUACUACAGGAAUUGGGCUUAUUGCUGCUGGAGCAUAUGAUGUUAUUGUUGCGGGAGGUGUGGAAUUUAUGUCUGAUGUGCCCAUCCGUCUGUCUCGAAAACUACGCAAUCUUCUUCUGCGCUCCAAUAAGGCCAAAACGCUACCCCAGAAAUUUCAGCUUUUCUCAUCAUUUCGUCCUUCAUUUCUUGCUCUAGAGUUGCCGGCAGUGGCAGAAUUCUCAUCAGGGGAAACUAUGGGACAUUCUGCAGAUCGGUUGGCAGCUGCAUUUAGUAUUUCACGUAAAGAGCAAGACGACUAUGCCCUGCGCUCCCACUCUCUAGCCCAGCAGGCGUAUGAUAAGGGAUACCUCACAGACAUUGUUCCAAUAAAAGUUCCUGGAAUAGCGAAUGCGGUAACAAGGGAUAAUGGUGUUCGAGUUUCCUCUACUGAGCAGCUGCAGAAACUCAAGCCAGCUUUCAUUAAACCACAUGGGACGGUAACAGCUGGAAAUGCAUCUUUUCUGACUGACGGUGCUUCUGCUUGCUUAAUAACCACAGAAGCAAAAGCAAAGGAGCUGGGACUGAAACCAAAAGCCUACUUGCGAGAUUUUGUGUAUGUUUCUCAGGAUCCAAAGGACCAGCUUCUACUAGGUCCUACGUAUGCAGUACCAAAAGUGCUAGAAAAGGCUGGUCUUCAGCUCAGUGAUAUUGAUGUUUGGGAAGUUCAUGAGGCUUUUGCAGGUCAGAUCCUGGCCAACUUGAAAGCAAUGGAUUCAGACUUCUUUGCUCAGAAAUACAUGGGACGGAAUACCAAAGUUGGAGCUCCUGAUCUUAACAAAUUCAAUAACUGGGGAGGUUCACUCAGUAUAGGACAUCCAUUUGCUGCAACAGGUGUGCGUCUGACAACACAUGCAGCCAAUCGACUGAUGCGAGAAGACGGCAAGUUUGCCGUGAUUGCCGCUUGUGCAGCGGGAGGUCAGGGUGUUGGAAUGCUUGUUGAACGACAUCCAGAUGGGCAGCCAUCUUAAAGAACAUGUGUUAAUUCUGAAGUAACAACCACGUAAAUGGAUAUGCUUAUCUAGGUACUGGGGCACCUAGAACAGGGCGAAGUUCAUGCUCUUCUCUGUAUUUUUUGAUAUCAACAAUGUGAGGUAUCAAAAAUUCUUUUAUUAUUUACAACUUUUCCAGUAUAACUGUAUAAUAUUUCACACAAGGUAUGUAUAUACACAUAUUAAAUAACUUUCAUAUUAUAAGUCUAGUUCUCACUAAGUAAUAUUUCUAAUAACUUAUAUAUAUUGAAUGCAGAAUGUUUAUAUAAAACUGUGAUGAAAGGUGAAUUAAAUCUAUUGUGUAAUUUUUUAUGUGUGUGUUUAUAUACAGUUGAAUAAUUGCACCUAAAAGUUUAAUAUAAAUAUAAUAUUGAAUACAGUGAACUUUCAUAAAAGUUGCCUAGGAAACAGUAUACACAUGGAAGGUAUUCCAUUUAUCCAGAAAGCUUUUACUUUAGAUUAGAUUAAAAUUAAGGGGACAACUGACAAAUUAAAAACGUGUAAGAAGCAAACCAGUUCAGCAGUUUCUGGAAGAACAGACCUGGUAUUAGUGGUAUACAAUGAAACUAAUGUAUUCAUAAGUAUCAGUAUAAUACCAAAGCAGUAAUCAAGGUAUUACUAUGUCCACACUGUAUUCGAUUCUUUAUAUUUUAUGCUGUAAAAUUACAGUUUGUGCCUUGGAUUUUGAGGUACAUUUUGUACUGUUGCAACAUCCAACAUGAUUCCAUAUUUUCAGUGUCUUUGCAAAGAGAACAAUGUUUGAAGUGGAAACCAGCUUUGGGAAUAUUCUCAUACAUACUUUUGCCUUGAGGUCUGUCACAAUUGCAUUAUCUUUCUUAGUUUGUCAAUGCUGUGAUUUUUUAAAUGAUUGAUGAGAACUGAUUUAAGAAAUGGUAUUACUGCUGAUAUUGAAUAUUUAUACCUGCUAGAUGUUAUUUACUUCAAAAUGUCUAUGGGACCAAUAUAUUUAACUGACUUAAGAAUAUAAUAGGCUUGUCCUGAAGAUGGAGAUGGUGUAAUCCUCCAAAAUGCUGGUAUACAGCCAAGAAACUAAAUGGUGAAAUAACCCAAAAUAGCACUCAUAACACCAUGUAAACCUCAAAUAUCACGAAGUGAAUUUCAUCAAUAAAUCUUGGUAAUGUCAA